AUGGGUGUUCCAAGGCCAUUAUGUGUUGUGUUGUUUAUCUCCAUAGUGAUUACAGGGCUGAAUGGUGAGCAUGAAAGGGAAAACGGCACUGCUGAUCAUAGUCAAGACAAGGCUCCCUCUUUAGCUCUUGCUGAGGUCCCUAAUGGAAAUACACAAGUAAAAAACAAUGUCAUUAACUCUUAUAAACAAGUUGAGGUCAAUAAGAGAAACAGAAAUUAUAGAGCAGGGGGUGGUGGAGGUGGAGGUGGAGGCGGGGGCGGUGGCAGUUAUAGAUGGGGAUGGGGUGGUGGUGGAGGCGGCGGUGGAGGUGGUGGGGGUGGAGGAGGCGGUGGAGGAGGUGGUGGUGGUGGUGGAUGGGGAUGGGGAGGAGGAGGAGGUGGUGGUGGGUGGUGGAAAUGGGGGUGUGGGAGACAUAAUAAUAAGCAUGGAAAAAGGAAUAGAGGAAUGAGGAAGGAUGAAUAUAUAAUGGGAGAGUUUGCACAAUGCAUGAGACGAGGGCGUUGCAGAGGAAUGAGACUAGAUUGCCCACUUCACUGUGGUGGACCUUGCAUCUACGACUGUCAGUACAUGUGCAAAGCUCAUUGUCGGCGUCCAUGAUCAUUAAACCGUUUCCCGUAGCUAGUUUAUGUAAAACUAAUUAAGACUUCUCUCACAUAUAUAAUGAGGUUCGGAUCAUCAGGAAUUAUGUUUCUUAAGGUUGUGUUGGCUUGUUUUGCUUUUCCUCUUCUAUUAUUCGUUGUUUCAUUUUACUAAUCCCUUCAGCUUCAGCUUCAGGUUUCUGGUUGAUGAUAUAUGAUGUGUAGGUUUGUGAGCCUUUUGUGGGUUCUUACUUUAGUACUCUUUUUUAAGGAGAGGAAAAUAUUAUUUGUGCUACGUAGUACUACGUACCCCAUCAUUUCUCUGUUCAUUACUGAUUUGUAUGAGACUGAAAUUAGUAAGAAAUGACACUUGUCUUUUAUUUUAUUUUUCUUAUUUUCUUCUUUUGGUUUUGGUUGGAAACAAUUUCAUCACUUCCAGAGAUGAUUGAACAAACAACAUCAAUGAUCAAGCAUGUUGUUCACCUACGAGACACUUUGAUAGUUGAGUGAGAUAGAAUUCACACUUGUAUUUUUUUA